AUGGCUGACCAGUGUAUUAUCUGUCUGGAAGACUUGGCCGCUGUUCCUGUUCCUGAUCCCGACUCCGACCCAGCACUUCCACUUCCCCACGAUCUUCGCGAUGCGGGCGAGUUGGCGGCACAGACCGCAGACUUGUCAACGCCACAUCCCAGCACAUCCCCGAAUGAUCUUGCCGUUGCCUUCCUCAAAUCCUGCGGCCAUUUUCUGCACGACUGUUGUUUGAAGCAAUGGUCGCAGCAGGCAAAUAGCUGCCCCAUUUGCCGCGGCGCGUUUAACUUGAUUGAGGUCCGAGAUAAAGUCGGAGGUGUUGUUCUCUCGGAAUACGAGGUCGAAGAUAAGAAGCAAGUUGCCGAGUUCGAUGUGAGAGCGUGGUUGUCCGAGAAUGAGGAAGAUGAGGAAGAGACUGAAGAGACUCGGCCUUGUCCGAUAUGCAGAUCUGCAGAUCAAGAAGAGGUCCUCCUCCUCUGCGACUCCUGCGACGCUCCCUACCACACACACUGCAUCGGUCUCGAUCGGGUCCCAAAUGGACAUUGGUUCUGUAUGGAAUGUGCCAAUCGAGGUGCUUACCAGAGCGUCGCCUCUCAGCCUCUCACUUCAGCAGUCUUUGCAAGUAGAGACGCCCCGCGAACUCGAGCCAGCAUCCGUCGUACUCGCGAGCAAGAGAGAGACGACCGCUGGUUUGGGGCUUGGGCUCUCUUGAACAGCAGAAUUGACGAUGGUCCGGGACCAGAUGACGACACCUCCGACCCCGAAAUAGAGGCCUUCUAUCUAGAUUCUUUCACUUACGCCGAACAUGAGAGAACGGAAAUCAACCAGAAUUACUAUGCUUAUCAGAGAUGGCAAGCCAGACAACGACAACAGUAUAACCAAAGACUGUCGAUUGCCGGCAGACAAGGAGCGAGAGAUGUAUUCCGCUUAGCCGCCCCUGCCAGACUUCAGACACCACAGCCGCCUGCUGAAUCAAUUGAGGAGACAAGGGCCUGGGGCGCUUUCGAGAAAGCCAAGGAAGUCAGUACUGCUGCACCAAACAGACGGAAGCGAAAAUCGAGAUCAGCGACUGCUUCUCCCGGGGAAGGACCAUCUGCGCCAGCCCAGCCAGAGCGCAAGCUGAAAAGACCUCGUACUAGAAGAACUAUCGCUCGACCGGAGCCCUCGGUUUCUCGUUCGAUCGCCAGCUCUAGCCGCCAACCAAACGGGCAUCGCCAAAGUCCUCCAACGGCGGGUACAUUGAACGAUACCGAUGGCCAGCCGUCUUUUCUCUCGUCGCUCCUCAAAGAAGUUGAGACGAAUCACACUUCUGAUGACGAACGAUCUACCCUCCCCUUGACAACUGUUUCGGCGCCCAACCGAGUCACCAGUCCUACAUUGGAUAGAUCUCCUGCAGCCUCACCUGCAUCGUCAUCACCUUACCACACGCCUCGGGCCCUGUCCACUAGCCCGCCUCCUUACUUGAGCAGCCGAUCAAGGUCGCCGAUCUCCCUGACAACACGUGUUGAACCGAUGUAUCCCCGUGCAAACUACUUGCCAAAUAGGUCGCGCCCAGGAAACAAGUCCGAAGACAGAGUCGAGCAGCGCCAACCGCGCCCAAGACAUCGACCUGUAAGACUCCCACAAUCUGAAGAUAGUUCCCCAACUCGGGCAGCAAUGUCCAGCCAAGCCAAGCAAGGAAUCAACAAGAUUGUUAAACACGCACUUGCACCGCACUGGAAGGCUGCCGAGCUCUCGAAGGAACAAUACGCCAAUAUCAACCGCAAUAUAUCGAGAAAGCUAUACGAAAUUGCGGCUGAACAGAGUGUCCACGACGAAUCCCGAAACAAACUGGGAAGGAUUGCCAAGAGAGAGGUGGCGAAUGCUUUGAAACUCUUGACUGCGUAA